AUGCAUACGUACUCUGUAGACAACACAAAUACGGGCAGUGAGCCCACCCUCACUUCUCGCGUUUGUUUAGCUGUCUGGUUCCGGAAGCUGAUUAACCCUGGCUCUACCGUUGCUAUCGUCUCAAUGGUAUUCAGCCGUAGACACUGGUUUCACCAGGCAGGAAACACACAAUUAGACGUCUUGAAUCUCCUCUAUCUCUAUCUGGGCACGACUCGCAAUCUCCAAUUAGUCACUCUUCAGAGAACUGGCACAUGCCUGAAUGGUAAUAGACUUUCCCAUGCAGUCCGAAUUCAAGUGGGCGGCUUCGUAAUGUACACAUCUAGCACCCCACCCGCCCUAUCUUAUGAGUGUUGGUCUUGA